AUGCCAAGCACACAAACAGUAGCUCCAUCUACGGAGCCGUCAGCUCUCACAAAAUUGAUCGAAUCUGCCUCUGCAUCUGGAAAUCCCGUCGAGGCAACCACAAUCCAAAUCCUGCACAACCUCCAACAGCAACAUUUGUGGACAAAUGUGCAACUUCACCACAUUUCAGCGCCAGAGACCUCUCCUGAAACCCCUGUUGUCCCAUUAUUGAUAUCCGGUAUCCCGCCCCAUCGAGUCUAUACCCAUCCAGAUGAACAACUGUACAUGUUGGAAAAGGGUAUUCGUGAAGACGAUCUUCGUUCCGAACGGUUAUUUGUGAUUCCUACUGCUCAGAACCAGUCGUGGAGCUUGCGACGCAUGGCUUCUGCAUUCGAUGCGAUGUCGGGAAUCGAGGUUGUGGAAGAUAAAGAAAGUGAGCCUGAGGAGGAUGCGGAGAAGACGAAGAAAUUGAAUCAGUACUAUGAGAAGAGGGAAGAGGCCAUUGCAACAAAGGAAUGGGGCUCAACUCGCAUGUUACUAGCUGUGGUGGACAAGAAUAUGGGUGGUGAUGGGACGGUGGUUUAUUAUGUUGUGCAGGAAGGCGAAGUAAAGCCUCGGCAAAACUAG